UGGUUUAUAUAAGCCAUGGGCUAAUUCACUAUAGGCAUGACAGCGUGAGCUAGCAGACACCAAAACUAAAAUAGUUUCAAUUUCGAAAUAGUUUUCGAAAGCAAUUCAAGAUAAAACAUUCAUAGUUAUGCUUCUUAGCAAAAUGACAUCUUUCCACAUUUUUGGUAAUGCUUCAAAGCUUCUCAGACGAAAUUUGAGACCAGAUGAAUAUACUAGAGCUGUGUCAUAUUCAAAUAAAUUGUCGCAAACUGACAGUCUUUUUCAACGAUCUUCAGUACAGGUGCCGAAAGCUAGUUCAGGCUUGUUAGUUGCUGAUUCUUCGAUGUCACCAGUUCAAUGUCGCAUGUCAAGUUCAGGUGGAGAUCAUGUGCGUCUCUGGCAAAUUGAGAGAAUAACGUCCGUAGCACUGCCAGUACUCUUGCCUGCCUGUCUCAUUCUUGAGAGUCCUGUUCUCGACAGUUUACUCGCCGUGCUUGUUGUUAUACACACUCACUGGGGUUUAGAAGCGAUUGUCGUUGAUUACGCGAGGCCCAUCGUGGUGGGAACGAUUGUUCCAAAAGUUUUACAUCUCCUGCUGAAUCUUCUGUCAGUGGUUACACUUGCGGGAUUGCUUGUUCUCGUGUACAAUGGACCCGGGAUAGCGAAAACAGUAAAAAAUGUAUGGGCUAUCGGCAAAGAAGAAUCAGCUAACAAGAAGUGAAUGUGCGUUAAUUGAGAUGUGUGAAGUGCUGGAUUACGGUCUUUGUAAUAUUUAUUAUAGAAACUCAUGCCAAAAAUAUAAUGUAGAAACAACACUAUGCUUCAAAUGCUACCAACGAAAUAAAUGACGGGUCCACUGAUUUAAUUAAUA